CCAUCUGUUCUAAAAGAUAUAGGCUUUACUUUUUAUCAUAACAUGAUUUUUUUUUCAUUUGGCUUGAAAUUGCGUGGUGCAAUGUGAAGAAAUUGCAAUGUCAAAAAAAUUACUUUCUCAAACUGUAAUAUGCAUCUGGUUCAUAGGGAUCAAACCCAUUUCCAAGAAAUGAUCGCAUUCGUAAUUUGGGAAUCAAAAGUGAAAGUGAGGAUCACUAAAUAAAAGGAAAUCCAACUGCAAGCAGUCACAGGAGAAUCACUGGUAACACCAGAUCCUUCGCCUUCCGACUCAAGAAAGCCAUCAUCACGCAAGAAAUAGAAGACGGAGAAGUGGUCUCUCGGCGAACUUAAACGAAAUCCUACCAACCAUGUUUUUGGGACGGAAGAUGAGCUAUGCAGAAAAAAUGAAGUUAGCAUUGGAAAAGGCGAAAGAAGAGCAAGAGGAGAUGGCAGAACAAAUGGGUUUGGAAAUGGAGUCAGCGAUGGAUAGGUGGAAAGAUGAGCAAGAGGAAUGGGGACAACAAGUGGAGCUAGCGAUGGAAAAGUGGAAAGAUGAGCAAGAGGAAUGGGGACAACAAGUGGAGCUAGCGAUGGAAAAGUGGAAAGAUGAGCAAGAGGAAUGGGGACAACAAGUGGAGCUAGCGAUGGAAAAGUGGAAAGAUGAGCAAGAGGAAUGGGGACAACAAGCGGAGCUAGCGAUGGAAAAGUGGAAAGAUGAGCAAGAGGAAUGGGGACAACAAGCGGAGCUAGCGAUGGAAAAGUGGAAAGAUGAGCAAGAGGAAUGGGGACAACAAGCGGAGCUAGCGAUGGAAAAGUGGAAAGAUGAGCAAGAGGAAUGGGGACAACAAGUGGAGCUAGCGAUGGAAAAGUGGAAAGAUGAGCAAGAUGAGUUGGCAGAACAACUGGAGUUAGAGGUGGAAAAGGCGUUCGCAAAAUAAGGAGUUAGCAGAACAGCUAAUGUAGAAGAAGAUGAGUUGGUAGAGAAACAGAAGUAACCCACUGAACACAAAGAGGAGGACGCUUCUCAAGAUGAUAUGAAAGAGCAAGUGACUUUCUAUUGCCUUAUAGCUCAAUUUUUCUUAGUGAUGACCAAGCUCCUUUGCCACAUUAAAACAUGUUUGAGCUUAA